GGGAAGGUUGAAGGCGUCAAAAAGAGGUCAGGAGAGGAUAAUAAAAAAGUGCGAGUCUCCCUCCAAUUGAUUCAAGUCCCUGGGAGAGACGACAAUGUCAACUACUGGGGUUGCUUUAUCAUCUCUUGUUCUCCAUUCCUCCUUGAAUUCUACUACACCUUCCUCUCGUCUUCUCUCACUACCCAUUUCACUCCCCUGUACUACUUCUCUCUCCCAUUCUUCAUCUCUCUCCUUCUCUCUCUCUACCCACCGCCCUUCUUUUCGCCGGAGCUCCACCGCCGUGGAAGGAGAAGGAGAAGGGGAAGAAGAAGGAGAAGGAGAAUCAUUGGUUGAAGAUGAGUUUGAUGAUUUGGAAUAUGAAGCUCUGGAACAAGAAGCCCAGAGGAUUGCUAGAGACUACUCCCUCUCUCUCUCCCAAAAUUUGUUAAUUGAUGAUGGAACAAGUGAUCAGAAGGAAACUCGCGCUAGGCAAAAAAGACGUAGAGAUACCACCACUAAAAAUAUCCCAGAUCAUCUUCUUCCGAAGGUUGCAAUUGUUGGAAGGCCAAAUGUGGGCAAAUCAGCACUGUUUAACCGACUUGUUGGGGGAAACAAGGCCAUUGUAGUUGACGAACCUGGAGUUACGAGGGAUCGUUUGUAUGGUAGAUCUUUUUGGGGAGAUUAUGAAUUCCUAGUAAUAGAUACUGGAGGUGUUCUCACAGUUUCGAAGUUGCAGACUGAUGUUAUGAAGGACUUAGCAAUUUCAACAACCAUUGGCAUGGAGGGGAUUCCACUUGCAUCCAGGGAGGCUGCUGUUGCCAGGAUGCCGUCAAUGAUCGAAAGACAGGCCACUGUAGCUGUAGAAGAGUCAUCAGUCAUCAUAUUUGUUGUAGAUGGUCAGGCAGGUCUAACAGCAGCUGAUGAGGAGAUAGGGGACUGGCUUCGUAAGAACUAUUCUGACAAGUAUGUCAUUCUCGCUGUUAACAAAUGUGAAUCUCCAAAAAAAGGAGUCAUGCAAGCAUCAGAGUUUUGGUCAUUGGGGUUCACUCCACUUCCAAUAUCUGCUGUAUCUGGAACAGGAACCGGAGAACUUCUUGAUCUUGUUUGUUCAGGACUGAUAAAAACUGAGGACCCAGAAAGUCUAGCUGAAGAAGAAAAUUAUGUUCCCGCAAUCGCUAUUGUUGGCCGACCUAAUGUUGGCAAAAGUAGCAUCUUAAAUGCUUUGGUUGGAGAGAACAGAACAAUUGUUAGUCCAGUUAGUGGAACGACGCGAGAUGCUAUUGAUACAGAAUUUACUGGCCCUGAUGGACAGAAAUUCAAACUUAUUGAUACAGCAGGAAUUAGGAGGAGGGCAGCAGUGGCAUCUUCUGGUAGCACGACAGAAGCUUUAUCUGUGAACCGAGCAUUUCGCGCUGUUCGGCGUUCUGAUGUCGUGGCUCUUGUAAUAGAAGCUCUCGCUUGUAUAACUGAGCAGGAUUUCAAGAUUGCUGAAAGGAUAGAAAGAGAAGGUAAGGGUUGCUUGAUUGUCGUGAACAAGUGGGAUACAGUCCCAAACAAGAAUCAGGAAACUACCAAGUACUAUGAGCAGGAUGUUAGGGAGAAGCUCCGUCUUCUUAACUGGGCACCUAUAGUUUAUUCAACUGCAAUAGUUGGGCGUAGUGUUGAAAAAAUUAUUGUUGCUGCUAGUGCAGUUGAGAAGGAAAGAUCAAGAAGGCUAACUACCGCCAUCCUAAAUCAAGUCGUCCAGGAGGCUCUCGCAUUCAAGUCCCCUCCAAGGACCCGAGGUGGGAGAAGAGGACGUGUUUUCUAUUGCACACAGGCAGCAAUUAGACCACCGACAUUUGUAUUCUUUGUUAAUGAUGCAAAACUUUUUCCUGAGACAUACCGGCGUUAUAUGGAGAAGCAGCUUCGGACAGAUGCAGGAUUUCCUGGCACGCCUAUUCGCCUUUUGUGGCGCAGCAGAAAAAAAUCUGAAAGGAAUAAUGGUGGGGGUUCUGCAACGAAGACACGGGUGAAUCUUCCAACCUAUGACAGAAGUUUAGUGGCAGCUACAUAAAUCAAUGGUAUCUCAAAUUCUGGUCUUGAUUGAUGAUUGAAAGUUGGAAUACAUUGUGGAAGUUAAAGAGCGCCCUCUUUGAGAAUGUCACCAUUAUGAACAACUUCAGUAAGAUAUCAAGCAAAUUUGAGGAUCGGAUGGCUGAUGAGUACAACCAUAACCCAUGACGAGGGGCCAAAGCUACAUUUUUAAACAAAAUGAUCAGGCACACCGAAUUGCAUAAACAUAAAGGCAAUGCCUAUAUUCUCAGAUAGUAACUUAUAGUUCUAUCAUCUGGCCCUAUAUUGUAUAGAAUGAUACCUGAUUAGCAGUUGGAAAUUUUCCUAGUCCAAUUCAGUUUUUAGCUAGUCGGAAAUUUCUGUAGUCCAAUUCUAAUUUUUUUGCUAAUGAUUUCGUUUGAUAUUUGGUGAAGAUUAGCAGUUAAAGCAUUUUUCAUAUUCA